AUGGUCUCAAAACUGACUCAUCUUCAGGUGGAACUGCUGGGAGCGCUACUGGAAUCAGGGCUAAGCAAGGAGACUCUUAUUAAAGCCCUGAGUGAGGCAGACCCCUACAGUGAGAGCCAACGGCCCAUCAACACAGCCCAAGCAGACAAACAGGAAACCUGUGCAGAAAUCCCGGUUCUUACCAAUGGAAUGGGGGAGUCUAGGAUGUCCGAAGACGAAACAUCUGAUGAUGGAGAAGACUUCACUCCUCCAAUAAUGAAGGAACUAGAAAAUUUGAACCCAGAGGAGGCUGCACACCAAAAAGCGGUGGUGGAAAGAUUAUUACAAGAGGAUCCCUGGAGGGUAGCUAAGAUGGUGAAGUCCUACCUACAGCAGCACAAUAUCCCCCAACGAGAGGUAGUUGACACCACGGGCUUGAAUCAAUCCCACCUCUCACAGCAUCUCAACAAGGGCACUCCCAUGAAGACUCAGAAGAGAGCUGCCCUCUACACCUGGUACGUCCGCAAGCAGCGAGAGGUGGCCCAGCAAUUUACACAUGCCGGCCAGGGUAUCAUGGUGGAAGACUCCAUGGGAGAUGACCUACCGACCAAGAAAGGGAGAAGGAAUCGCUUCAAGUGGGGCCCAGCUUCACAACAAAUCCUCUUUCAAGCCUAUGAGAGACAGAAGAAUCCUAGCAAAGAGGAACGAGAAGCAUUGGUGGAGGAGUGCAAUAGGGCAGAGUGCAUUCAGCGAGGUGUCUCCCCUUCCCAGGCCCAAGGGCUGGGCUCAAACCUGGUGACUGAAGUGAGAGUUUACAAUUGGUUUGCCAACCGACGGAAGGAGGAGGCUUUCCGGCACAAGCUAGCCAUGGACAGCUAUAGCGGCUCACAGCCCAACUCUGCUCCCACCUUGACUGCGCACAGCUCAUCCUCCCUCCAACCAGCUGCACCUCUCUCGCCAAACAAGGUCCACGGUGUGAGGUACAAUCAGCAGCCUGUCAGUGAGACGGAUUCAUCUAAUGGCAACCAACAUGGGGGGAACAAUUCCAUUGUGACCACUCAAACCAUCCUGCACCAAGCCUCUUCCCCUGGUCUGUGUUCAGCUGGAUCUGGCUCCGUUUCAGAUACUAAGCUGAUCUCUGUUCCGGGGGGCUCUCUUCCUCCUGUUAGUACCCUGACGGCCUUGCACAGCUUGGAGCAAAACCCCCAUGCAUUGAGCCAGCAAACCCAGAAUCUCAUAAUGGCAUCGCUUCCCGGAGUGAUGGCGAUUGGACCAGGAGACACGUCUUCAUUAGCACCAGCAUUCCCUAAUACAGGAACCUCCACAUUGGUAAUCGGCCUGGCCUCCACCCAAGGCCAGAGUGUCCCUGUGAUCAACAACAUGGGGAGCAGCCUCACCACCCUUCAGCCCGUCCAGUUCUCCCAGCAGCUGCAUCCAUCUUACCAGCAACCUAUUAUGCAACAAGUCCAAAGCCAUCUCAACCAGAGUCCAUUCAUGGCCACCAUGGCCCAGAUCCAGACUCCUCAUGCUCUGUACAGCCACAAGCCUGAGAUGACCCAGUAUACCCACACCGGCCUUUUGCCACAGACCAUGGUGAUAACGGACACAGCCAAUCUCAGUGCACUGACCAGCUUGACGCCAACCAAACAGGUGUUUACAUCAGACUCUGAGACCCACGCAGAGACUGGCAUCCACACGCCGCCAGCACAAGCCUCAACCAUCCACUUACAAAACCAAGAGGCCGCCAUCCAGCACCUUCCGCCAAGCCACCGUCUCUCCUCUAGUCCUGCAGUCUCCUCCAGCAACCUGGUACUUUACCAGACCUCUGACUCCACCAACAGUCACAGCCACUUGCUACCAUCAACUCAUGGUGUUAUAGAGACUUUCAUCUCAACACAGAUGGCAUCCUCCACUCAGUAA